GUAAGACUAAAAUCUUUUGAGGUUUAAACUUUAAAGAAGUCCUAUUUGUAAAUCAUCCAUGUGGAACAAAGUAAAUGCACCCAAAUAAUAAAACAACUUCUAUCCAAAAACCCUGUCCCUCAAUUGUUUAUCCGGGGGAGAAAGCUGAAAGAAAGCAUACAAGUUUUCUUCUCAACUACCCAAUUAUUUUCAUUAUUUUACACCAUUAAUGAUGUGUGAAGUCAAACCUUGUGAACUGCCUUUUGUGCAAGUUGAGGGGCACCAAUCACCAUGUCAGUUCACAAGGGAAAAUGUCAAACGCUCGUGUGAGAACAAGACAGGAACUUUUCAAGAAAUUAUUUAAUUUAGCUGGAUAAAGAUCGGAGCUUUUUGUGCUUUAGACUUUUUAGUUGUUAGUUUUUUUAGUUUCUUUGAGGAAGACAAGACCAAUCGAGAUGAAGGGGGUUCAUGUCUGAUUGGUCUGUGAAGAAUAUAAAUCGUUUUGCCUUUUUAUUUUCUGAGACAAUUUUUUCGUUUGUUUGAAAAGUGGGGGGUUUUGGGUGUCUUUCAUCUCAUGGGUUCUUGAAAAUGUUCUGUUUGGCUUUUUGUUGUCCAACUUCUGUCUGUCCCUUUUGAGUAUCUUGUGAUUUUUGUUUUCUCUAUGAUUUUCCCCCCCUCCUUUUUUGGCUUGCCCUGCGUUCUUGAAAAAGUUGUCAUUUUUAUUAAUAAUAAAAAAAAAUUGGGAGUUUGAGUCUCUUGUUGGGACUUUUGGUGUGCUGGGAACUAUGAGAGGCAAUCAUUUUGUAUGGAUUAUUCAUUGCUUGAUUUUGCUGCAGUUUCUUGACUCUUGUUUUCCACUGCCUUUAUGUACUGAUUCAACUGCACCUUUUACUCCGAGGUCUCCUUUGCAGUUCUGUCCGUACAAUGGCUCAGUUUGCUGCAAUAAUUCCGAUGAUUUCCAUCUGAGGAAUCAAUUCUUAUCUAUGAAUAUUUCUGAUCCCAACUGUGCCUCUCUUGUUAGAUCUAUCCUUUGUUCGAGAUGUGAUCAGUUUUCGGCCGACCUUUUCAGAGUCGACUCUGUCCCUCGUCAACUUCCCGUGCUCUGUAACUCUUCGAACCCAACAAACUCAAACAGCUUUUGUUCUCAAAUAUGGAACACUUGCCACAACAUUUCCAUUUCAAAUUCCCCAUUCGCUCCCACUUUACGAACCCAUGCAAGCUCCAACUCCUCCACACUAUCCGACACCUGGCGAACUCAAGACGAGUUUUGCGCCGCGUUUGGCGGCUCGCCAAACGCCACAUCACCAUGUUUUUCCGGCUCACCAAUCAGUCUUAACAACAAUAACACCAAUAACCCAACUCCUCCAGGUGGCCUUUGCUUAGAGAAAAUCGGAAAUGGGUCUUACCUAAACAUGGUGGGCCAUGCAGACGGGUCAAAUCGGGCUUUUUUUUCUAACCAGCAGGGAAAAAUCUGGCUCGCGACUAUUCCAGAAACGGGCUCGGGUGGAGUUUUGGGAAUUGACGAGUCGAACCCUUUUCUUGAUUUGUCGGAUGAGGUCCAUUUCGAUACUCAGUUUGGUAUGAUGGGAAUUGCGCUCCAUCCACGAUUUGUCGAGAAUGGUCGUUUUUUCGUUUCGUUCAAUUGUGACAAAGCCAAGUGGCCUGGAUGUGCUGGCAGGUGCGCGUGCAAUUCCGAUGUGGGCUGCGAUCCUGCGAGUCUCGGGCCAGAUAACGGGGCACAGCCUUGUCAGUAUCAAAGUGUUGUGGCUGAGUAUACGGUUAAUGGUAGUAGCUCGUCAAGGCCUGCAUCGGCUACAAGUGCUAACCCUUUGGAGGUGAGAAGAAUAUUUACGAUGGGCCUACCUUUUACGGCCCACCAUGGAGGCCAGAUUCUUUUCGGGCCAGAAGACGGUUAUAUGUACUUCAUGAUGGGAGAUGGUGGAGGUGUGGGAGACCCGUAUAAUUUCGCUCAGAACAAGAGAUCUUUGCUUGGCAAGAUCAUGAGAUUUGACGUUGAUAAUCUGCCGAGUGAUACUGAAGCUGGUUUGUGGGGAAACUAUUCUAUUCCUAAUGAUAACCCUUACACAAUCGAUAAAGACUUGCAGAGAGAAAUAUGGGCUUUAGGCCUACGAAAUCCUUGGCGGUGUAGCUUCGAUUCUGCAAGGCCUUCGUAUUUUAUAUGUGCAGACACAGGACAGGAUGUAUACGAAGAGGUGGAUUUGAUAACCAAGAAUGGAAAUUACGGGUGGCGGGCCUUUGAAGGCCCGUACCAUUAUACUCCUCCACAGACACCUGGAGGAAAUACUUCAAUCACCUCAAUAAGGCCGAUUUUCCCUGUUAUGGGAUAUAACCAUUCUGAAGUAAACUCGAAUGAAGGUUCAGCAUCGAUCACUGGUGGCUACUUCUAUAGAUCCAUGGCUGAUCCUUGCAUGCAUGGAAGAUACUUGUUUGCUGAUCUUUAUGCGGGCGCUAUAUGGGCCGGGACCGAAAGCCCAAUAAACAGCGGAAGAUUCAAUAGCACCCAAAUUAGUUUUAAUUGCGCGCACGAUUCGCCUAUUCGCUGCACGUUCACUCCUGGGAGCACGCUUCCUUCUUUGAGCUACAUUUUCUCGUUUGGAGAAGAUAAUAAUCGGGAUGUUUAUCUUCUUACAAACAAUGGUGUGUACAGAAUUGUACGUCCAAGUCGUUGUAACUACACGUGCUCGAGUGAAAAUGCCUCGAUUUUCUCUCAAGUACCCAUCGCCAAAACCCCAAUUUCUCCUCAAACUUCCCUCUGGUUUGUGUCCCCUUUUCUUCUUCCUUUCCCCCCUUCAACAAUUUUCUCUCUCUACGAACAGUGGGACUUGAAAAUCUCACCGCACUCCAAAACCCAUUUCUGCAUUUUCAAGAAUUUGCUUCCUUUUAUUAUUCCGCUUUUUUUCGCCGCCGGCGAUUCUGGUGUACUUCAAAUGCAAACCCUCGAUCCCUCAUGUAACCCUAACGUAGACCCUCCCGCACCCGAUCCCUCGGCCAUGGCUGAGAGCUCUUCGCCGAUCCACUCCCAGAACGACAACCCCACCCAUGACGACCAAACCCAUGUAGAAACCAACGCCCAGAAUGAAAGCUCGAAGGAGAACAGUGUUAAGAAUAGAACCAGUGUUGGUAAAGGCAAUGAUGGCAGUAGUGUGGUGGUCAGGAGAGAGAGGCCGUCACGGGCUUGCACUCAGCGGGCUGCCGCCAGGCUGCAGGCGGCGGCAGAGGCUGAGGCGGCAAUGGAGGCCGAGAGGAAGAGGAAGAAGGCUAGGAAGGAAAAAGUAGCAGCUAGAGUGUCGAAAGAGGAGUAUGAGGAGGAGGAUAGUUUUGGCUCGGGGGAUGAAGGAGCGAAUGGGGAGGAGAAUGGUGAGGAAGGUGAGUCCCCUUCAUCUUCUCGUGUGCAAUGCGGUAAGAUAAUCACGCAGCUCGUUGGGGAGGUGGAGACUGGGCAGCUGCCGAGGUGGAACAUAAGGAACAUGUGGCAGCUGGCUUCUAUUUUUAAUUUCUUGAACGUGUUUAGGCCUUUGUUGAAUAUUAAGGUGGAGUUUUCUGCCGAGGAGUUUGAGACGGCUUUGCUUAAUCCGAAUAAUACAUUGGGUGAUGUACAUAUGCCAUUGUUGAAGGCAAUUCCUCCCGUGACUAGAAUGGCACUCGGACACAAUACUUGGAUAACUGUUCUGUGCAGAAAAUUGAGAGAUUGGUGGCAUUGGGUUGCAGAAGGAGAUCUACCUAUAGUUGCAUCACAUGGGACUGAAAUUGAUGCAUACAAUGCACUCGAUCCUAGUGUUCGAGUGGUGAUUCUGAAGGCUUUAUGUGAUAUUCGUGUUGAGCAAGAAGAUAUUAGAAACUAUAUAGAUGGUUCAGUGAAACAUGGUGUUCACCUUUCUGCAUUCCGCAAAGAACGUAUAGGUGGUGAUUCUCAUGGGAUCUCAUAUUGGUAUGAAAAUGAUCCUAUCAUUGGUCAUCGACUGUACCGAGAGAUAAGGAAAGUUGAGGUAAAAAGAGGAAAAGGGAAGACUGUCCCACAAAUUCCCCAUUCAUCUUAUCAGUGGGAGGCGGUUGCAACUAAUUUAGACGAAUUCCUCAAUGUUUCUGAGAAGCUGUUUUCGAGUAAAAAUAGAACGGAGGUUGCUGUUGGAAAGAAACUGAAAAAUGACAUGCUACCUGAAAUCGAGAAGGUCCACAAGAGAAAGGAGAAAUUGUUAAGAAAACAGCAUAGACAAGCACUCAUGCUCGAUAACACGAUGAACAUGGAUGGUCUUGCUGCCGGACGCUCUCUUCGUGAUAGAAAACCCGUCACUUAUACUUUUGACGAUUUCGACCGUUCUAUUAAUGAGGCUAUAAAGGUCACCAAGAAAAAACAACUGUCUCCAGAACUUUCUGAAAAAAGGGAUUUUCACGUCAAAAUCGAGAGCUCUACAAACGGCAGUAGGUGGGCUGGUGGACCGUCCAAUUAUUACCGACAAGAUUCCUUCACUGCAGUAUCUCCAAAUUCGCUCGACGAGGAUGAUUAUUAUGACGAUCAGAAAACUGAGGCUGAGACUGAGGCAUUGGACAGAAGCAACCGCAGGCGGCAAAAGCCCCAGCGAUACUCGCUCGACGACUUUAUCUCAGACAACGAGCCGCCGCACGAUUUUGACAGUGACGACGACAUAGUUGGCGAGGUCGUGUACGAUGACGAGUACCUUAAAAACCGCAAAAAGAGACAAAAAACGACGAGCACUUCAGACAGCGAGGAUGAAUACCGAUUUGAGGAAGAAAAUCACGAGGAUGAAUACAAAGCAGAAGAAGAUGAAGAAGAUGAAGAUGAUGAAGAAGAUAGCUUGAAUACGGGUGACGAUAGUGAAAGUGAUAAUCCCCGUAAAUUCAAGCCAGUGAAGGGCCGAACUCGACGAGAGACGAAAUUGAGGUCGGUUGAUGAUCUCCAAUCUGGCUUGAGGCGUAGCAAGAGAUCAAAUCGGAACCGAAUUAACUACAGGCAAUAUGAAAUGUCUGAGUCGGAAAAUGAGUUCAUUGUGAAGCCUGGGAAAUCGGACGAUGGGUUUGCUGAUGGGAAUUUUGACGAGAGUGAUGAUGAUGAUGAUAAUGAAAGUAGUCGGGAUUUUGAGGAGAAUGUGGAUAAUGUUAAAGAUGAGGAUGAUGAUGAUGAAGAUAUGCAUGAAAACGAGCCUGCUCGUGAGGCCAGGAUAGAGAAUUUGGAUUUAAAGAAAAUGGAUAAUGUUCGGGAAGAUGAGGAGGAAUCGAAUAAUAGUAAGGAUGAAGGGGAGGAUUGUGAUGGUGAGGUGGGAAAAAGGCGAUUUCUUGAUCUGAACGAGCUGGCGCCAGGCUCGGGCUUCGAUGAUGGGCCCACAUCAACGAGAGGUGGGGAUGAUGAUGACGAGGUCUAAUCAUUUGUUUGUAACGAUAGAAUAAUGAUGAUCUGUGUGCGUCUUUGCGGUGAAAACCGACUCAAUGGAGAGAGUUCUUCGGAGAAAUUAACGGGUUUUGCUGGAGUUCAGUAAGUGUUUUCAUGCUGGGGCAAUGUGAUUUUGAAGGGGUAGUAGGUUUAGUUUGUUUCUUAGGAAAGAAAUAGACCAUGAAUGAUAAAAUGGAUGGGAAUGUUUGAUUUAUGUUUAAGAAAAGAAGGGGUUGUUUAGUUUUUACUCUGUUUUCUUUUUCCCGUCCUAUGAUUUGUACUAUAACUGCCUUAACAGAGAUUUGUAACGCAAUAUUUUCUCUGCUUGAUGAUGCUAUGGGACUCUCGGCUAAUACCAUAUCUAUUUUAUCAGAUUAUAGUUCUUUUUUUGUUGUAAGACUUGUAGAAAGUUG